AAGAGGUGAGUGUUUUCACUUCUUUUCUUUUCCAUUUUGUUGUCGAAAUGAUCGGUGAUGGUGCUCUGGCAGAUUUGGACGACAAAGGCAACGAGUGGGACGUUUUGAUGGUGAUGACCACUUCAUCGACGUCUGGUACUUUUAUCACAGCUGCACAGGGUCGGCCGAUGUCCAAAGUGACUCAUGACUUUCGAGAAGAACACCAGGUAUUCAAAGAGCACACGAGUACUGACCUUUUCUUUCCAGAUCUUUGUAGGGUCCUAGUGAUGCAAGAAGAAGAUGGACGCAAUCCAUCCCACAGACAACCAGAGCAGCAGGCAAUCUCUUUCGGUCAGGAGGCACGACCAUUCCAAACUUUGAAACGACGCAAAACUGGUGAUGCGCGGGCUGACGAAACAACCGAGUAGGAUAUCCAGUCCUCGCAGAACAAGAAAAGAGAAUUUUUUCUGUACGGCGCCAUAUGUACGACGCGUUUUUCUUCUUUUUGUGAACCACACAAACACUGUAAACUCCUGCGGCCGCACACCACAGCUGGUCGUCACAGGCUUGUUUCUCGUUUCGUAGCGCUUGGGUGUCGCUCGUUUUUUAUUCCUUUUCGUUGCGAUCUUUCCUUCGUCCCGGUGACACAUAAACACAAGCACUUAAAAGCU